CUUGCCCCAGCUGCUCAUUUUCCCUCAGGAUGGAUCGUGAAGAUGAGGUGGAUUGUGUUUUGCUCAGAGGUUAAUACUUUGAGGCAGUAAUCUUUGAGUUUAUGAUUGAAGAAAGCGGAAUUAAGGUCACAAAAUAAGAUGUUCCAAAUGAGACAAUAUCUUAUUGUCCUUCUCCUGGUUGGAGCCGUGAAGUCACAGGUCAACCCAGCUGUGUGUAGGUACCCACUGGGGAUGACUGGAGGCCAAAUUCAGGAUGAAGAUAUUUCUGCUUCCAGCCAGUGGUCAGAGUCCACCGCAGCUCGAUAUGGCAGAUUGGAUUUUGAUGAUGGAGAUGGAGAUGGAGCGUGGUGUCCAGAUGUCAUGGCUGAACCAAAUAAUCUAAAGGAAUUUCUGCAGAUUGACCUUCGCACCCUUCAUUUUGUCACUCUCGUCGGCACGCAGGGACGGCACGCAGAUGGAGCGGGCAAAGAGUUUGCCCAGCGAUACAAGGUUAAAUACAGCCGGGACGGCACACGCUGGGUCUCCUGGCGUGACCGGCAAGGUCGACAGAUCAUUGAAGGGAACAGUAACGCCUAUGAUGUUGUGCUUAAGGACCUGGAGCCUCCAAUUAUUGCUCGUUUUGUGCGUUUCAUGCCUGUGACUGACCCCUCUAUGAUUGUGUGCAUGAGGGUGGAGCUCUACGGCUGUGAAUGGCUUGAUGGUCUUGUGUCCUACAGCGCCCCUGCUGGCCAGCAGAUGACUUUCAGAGGCCAAAAAAUCUACUUAAAUGACACUGUGUAUGAUGGAGCCAUUCGUUACAGCAUGACAGAAGGCCUUGGACAGCUCACUGAUGGAAGCUGGGGUUUAGAUGACUUCACCAGAAGCCAGGUGUAUGGGGUCUGGCCUGGCUAUGACUAUGUGGGCUGGACCAAUGCUAGUUUCCCUGGUGGUUCGGUGGAGAUGACAUUUGAGUUUGACCGGGUCAGAAAUUUCACAUCAAUGAAGGUCCACUGUAACAACAUGUACACAUGGGGAGUAAAAAUGUUUCGUCGGGCCGUUUGUUACUUCCGUUCGGAUUCAGACUGGGAGCCCAGUCCUGUGGUUUUCAAGCUGAAAGCAGACAACAUCAGUCCAAGUGCUCGGUUUGUCACAGUUGCCCUUGGCAACCGCAUGGCCAGCACAAUUAGGUGCCGUUUUGCAUUCAAUGACAUCUGGAUGAUGUUCAGUGAAAUUGCUUUCCAGUCAGAUACAGCAGUGUACAACACCUCUCUUGUUCCCCGUAAACGUAAUCAGACUCCAGGGAUUCUCCCAGGUGAUGAUCCCACCCACAAAAUCGAUGACAGCAACACAAGGAUCCUGAUAGGCUGUUUGGUGGCCAUUAUUGUCAUUUUGUUUGCCAUCAUAAUAAUCAUACUGUGGCGACAGGUCUGGCAGAAGAUGAUUGAGAAGGCCUCUCGGCGUAUGUUGAAUGAUGAGCUGACCGUGCGUCUGUCUGUUCAGAGAGAAGCCUUCACCCACCGUCACUCCUCUCUGUCCAGCGAUGUUGAGUCCACUUCCACGUAUGAACGAAUUUUCCCCAUGGGAUCAUCUGACUAUCAGGAACCAUCCCAACUUUUACGGAAACUACCGGAGUUCCAGGCUACGGAAAACCUUGCAGUGAUCGAUGCCCCUUCCGAACCCUCUAUGACCCAUCCUACAAAUGAAGCCCCACACUACGCAGAGGCAGAUAUCGUGAGCCAGCAGGAAGCCGCUGGUGCCCACAGUUACCGCGUCACAGUGGUCAACAUGCCCCUAUCCCCGGGAAGAGACGGAGCUCUGGAGGAGUUUCCGAGGGAGAGACUGACUUUUAAAGAGAAACUUGGCGAAGGACAGUUUGGAGAAGUUCAUCUGUGUGAAGCUGAGGGAAUACAGGAGUUCAAGAAGGACCAUAGUGGCGACAUCAGCGAUGAGCCAAUACUCGUAGCAGUCAAGACACUAAGAGAGGAUGCAAACAAAAAUGCAAGGAACGACUUCUUGAAAGAGAUCAGGAUCAUCUCACGAUUAAGAGACCCGAACAUCAUUCGCCUGUUGGCGGUGUGCGUUGAGAGCGAUCCGCUGUGCAUGAUCACGGAGUACAUGGAAAACGGAGACCUCAAUCAGUUCCUGUCCCGCCAUGAGCUGCAGGAAGAAGGACUUCCGGCUGGCAACUCAGCUGCCAUCAGCUACACUAUACUGAUCCACAUGGCCUCUCAGAUUUCCUCGGGAAUGAAGUAUCUGUCCUCCCUGAAUUUUGUUCACCGUGAUCUUGCUACACGCAACUGUUUAGUGGGCACAAAUAACACCAUCAAGAUCGCUGACUUUGGCAUGAGCCGGAACCUGUAUCGUGGAGAUUACUACCGUAUACAGGGACGAGCAGUGCUUCCCAUCCGCUGGAUGUCCUGGGAAAGCAUCCUACUGGGCAAGUUCACCAUGGCCAGUGACGUGUGGGCAUUUGGUGUCACCCUGUGGGAGAUUCUGACCCUGUGUAAAGAGCAGCCGUAUGCCCAGUUCACAGAUGAACAGGUGAUCGAAAACACGGGCGAGUUCUUUAGAGACCAAAACAAACAGGUGUAUCUGCCGAAGCCGCACUGCUGUCCUGAUUCAGUGUACAGCCUCAUGCUAAGCUGCUGGAAGAGAAAUGCCAAAGAAAGACCCACGUUCCUGGAGAUCCACAGCACCCUGAUGACUAACUGAAGAUGUAGCUUUUCCCCACACACACAUUCAGCUAUUCCCAGACGUGUAAGGGAAGCCCAGCUAAAUGUGAUAGCAAUAGCCUUCUUUUUCAGUGUAUCUUAAAAAUAAGAAAGCCAUAAAUGUUGACCUAUAUAAAUAUGAAAUAUUAUGUCCUUAAAAUUAAAUGGGUAUUUUGUUAUUAUGUUUUGUUAAAUAUACUCCCUUUUCCUUUUUUUGUAUGUAAAGUGAUGUACUUUCUCUUCAUUUUGCUGUUUAUUAAAUGUACAAAUUUGCUGACUUAAUGGAGCAAAAUGAUUCUUCAUUUGGGAAGAAAGAAUAAUCUUAUUGC